GGAAGGUUUGGAGGUGCGCGCAGGUGGUUGAGAGAGACUGGUUGGCUCGCUUUCACGUGCAAGCCUCAGUUUGUGUCGAGGUCUCGAGGGGGACGGUACUUCUUCGCCCACCUCCUGCUCCUCCUCGUCCUCGCCCCUUCAGGAAACUUGAACGCCCCUAGUCCUUCCCCUCUCCUAGUGCUUGACGCCCCUGCACUGACCCCACGUGAUGUCUAUAUGGGCGUGGACAGACAGAGAAACAGACAUCCACGCCCUUACAAGCCACACAACCCAGAGAAAUAAUUUUGCGUGCGCGAGUGUUUUCAGUAGAGCGACUUUGUGAAACACUGUGAUACGGAUUCUUGUGUUGCGAGGCCGGCAGCAUCUGCAGUAUUGAGCCAAGUUUGAAGGAUUAAUGCAGCCGGCUACUUAGGGGGGCCCUUCAGGGAGUGAGAGGCGGCAGGCAGGCAGGGCGGGAGAGAGGAGAGGGGAGAGAGAGUGAGUGUCGCGUGAAGACCUUCCUGACGGGGGUGUAGAUGUCUAAGCGCCCCCAGGAAGACCCGCUCCGCCUCCGUCAGUAGCAGGGAGACAAAAAGACAAGAUGUGAUUUCAUAAGUUCUCGAUCGUCAUAACCACCACCGCCACCACACCACCACCACCACCACCACCAACACCACCGCCGCCGCCGUUACUACCGCCGCCGCCGCUUCUUUCUUUCUCUCCUCCGUCCUCCUCCUUCAUAAAUUACUCUUUUCUUUCUUAUCUCCUUCUCACCACCACCACCACCAGCACCAUCAGCUCCUUCUCUCUUUUUCCCUCGUACAUAAUUUUCUUUGUUUUUUUUUUCUUUUUUUUCACCAACAUUACUCUUUCCUACUUCCUCCUCGUUCAAAAAUUCCUCUUGUCUUCAUUUUCCUCUCACCACCACCACCACCACCACCACUUUUUCCCCUUUUUCCUCCUUCGUAAAUUACUAUUUUCCUUAUUUUCUCACCACCACCAUCACCAAGAACACCACCACCACUCCUUCCCAUCACCUCCAUAAACCCACCUUUUUACCUUAAUAUAAACACCACCACCACCACCACCACCACCACCACCACCACCAGUACCCAUCCCCUCUUCCUCUACCUACAUAAACUACUCCAAACCUUUAUCUUUCCCCUCACCACCACCAAAGACACCACAACAAUGCCUUCCAUCCACGCCUCCCUGUCUUGGCUUGUCACGCCACACCUUCACCUGCUCCUGACCCUCCUUCUGCACCUCACAGCCGCUGCCAGGCCCUACAGCAUUGACCUAGACCCCCAAGCAGUAGACGCAACACGUAGCCUGUCCUCACUACUUAGAACAAGACGUGUAGCGAAGCAGAAUCAUGCAGGACUGAACCUAACGUGGCCAGAUAGGAAAGUGGUAACAAUGGAUGGUGACUUGAUCCUCGGAGGGUUAAUGAUGGUGCAUGAGAGACAUAAUGACGUAGUUUGCGGCCCGAUUAUGCCCCAGGGAGGUGUGCAAGCUCUGGAGGCGAUGCUGUACACGCUGGACUUCAUAAACGAUCAAGUGGACUUCAUUCCAGGCGUGAAGCUCGGCGCGCACAUCCUGGACGACUGCGAUAAGGACACGUACGGACUCGAACAGGCCGUCGACUUCAUUAAAGGCUCCAUCAGCAACAUCGAUGACGGAGAGUACAAGUGCCGCGACGGGUCUUCCCCUGAGGUGCACUACAAGGUCAUCUCAGGAGUGGUGGGCGCCGCCUCCUCCGUCACCUCCAUCCAAGUGGCCAACCUCCUUCGCCUGUUCAGGAUUCCACAGGUUAGCUUCUUCUCCACGUCCCCGGAGCUGAGCAACAAGCAGCGGUUCGAGUACUUCUCCCGCACCAUCCCCUCAGACCACUACCAGGUGAAGGCUAUGGUGGAGAUUGUUAAGAGGCUCGGCUGGUCCUAUGUCUCCAUUAUAUACGAGGAGUCCAACUAUGGCAUCAAGGCCUUUGAGGAGCUAGAAGGCCUACUUGCCACCAACAACAUCUGUAUCGCCGUCAAAGAGAAGCUGGUGAAGGACUCAGGCGUGGCGGAGGAGGGCGCUUAUGACCACAUCGUACAGCGCCUCCUUCAGAAGUACCACGCCAGGGGCGUGAUCAUCUUUGGCUCAGACCAGGAGGUGGCUGGAGUGAUGCGCGCCGUCAGGAGGAAUAACGCCACGGGCAGCUUCUCCUGGAUAGGUUCUGAUGGCUGGUCGGCGCGCUCCCUUGUGUCCUCCGGCAACGAGGCGGAAGUGGAGGGCACCCUGUCAGUGCAACCCCAGGCGAACCCCGUGGGAGGCUUCGAUGACUACUUCCUGAGCCUCACUGUGGAGAAGAACAAGAGGAAUCCUUGGUUUGUAGAGUACUGGGAGAACCACUUCGGCUGCCGGUACCCCAACUCCUCCCUCACGCCGUACAACGCGGCCACCAGCAGGGAGUGCACGGGGGAGGAGCAGCUGACAGCCAAGAACACACAGUUUGAGGCGCAGCUGCAGUUUGUGUCAGACGCCGUGAUGGCCUUCGCAUACGCCUUCAGGGACAUGCACCGUGACCUGUGUGAAGAACGCGGCUUGUGCCCUGCCAUGAAUCCUAUUGACGGAGAGCAGCUUCUGUCUUACCUGCGCAAAGUAACGUUCACAGGCCUGAGUGGUGACAGGUUCAAGUUCGAUGACAAUGGUGACGGACCGGCGCGCUACAACAUCAUCCAUUUCAAACAGGUGCCCCCGGGCCGCUACGCCUGGAUCACCGUGGGCACCUACAUAGAGGGAGAGCUGAGAAUGAACAUGUCCGAGCUGCAGUUCAAGAUGGACGAGCCGCAGCCGCCCUCCAGUGUGUGUUCCCUGCCCUGCCUCACCGGCCAGGCCAAGAAGUAUGUGGAGGGGGAGUCCUGCUGCUGGCAUUGCUUCAACUGCUCCACCUAUCAGAUCGUGAACCCCCGUGACGAGACACAGUGCCUCAACUGUGCCUGGGGGACGCUGCCUGACGCCGACCACCUGCGCUGCAACCCCAUCCCGGAGGUGUACAUUCGCCCGAACUCGUCCUGGGCAAUAGGCGCGAUGCUAUUGUCCUCCGUGGGCGUGGUGAUGACGGGCGUGGUGGUGUGGGUGUUCGUGAGGCACCAUGACACCCCCGUGGUGAGGGCCUCUGGAAGGGAGCUCUCCUACGUGCUCCUCUCCGGCGUGCUCCUCUGCUACUCCAUCACCUUUGUCUUCGUGCUCAAGCCCUCCACCGUGGUGUGCGCCGUUCAGAGGUUCGGCCUGGGCUUCUGCUUCGCCGUGGUGUACAGCGCCCUGCUCACCAAGACAAACAGAAUCGCCAGGAUCUUCAACGCAGGGAAGAGGACAACCAAGAGGCCCUCACUCAUCUCCCCGCGCUCCCAGCUGUGUAUCUGCUCCUGUGGCGUCUUCGUGCAGUUGGUGGUGACGGGCGUGUGGUGUGUGGUCAGCCCGCCCCGCGCCAUUCAUCAUUACCUGGAGAGGGAAGACAACUUUUUGGUGUGCGCUGCCUCCAUCAACGCCUCCUACGUGAUUGCCUUCGCCUAUCCCAUCGGCCUCAUCGUGGUGUGCACCGUGUAUGCUGUGCUCACCCGCAAGAUCCCGGAGGCUUUCAACGAGAGUAAGCACAUUGGCUUCACCAUGUACACCACCUGCAUCAUCUGGCUGGCCUUCGUGCCCAUCUACUUCACCACCGCUAACAACGUGGAGCUGCGCAUCACCGCCACCUCCGUCACCGUCUCCCUCUCGGCCACGGUGGCUCUGGUGUGUCUGUUCACGCCCAAGCUGUACAUCAUCCUGCUGCACCCGGAGAGGAACGUGCGCCAGUCCAUGAUGACCAAGUACUCCACCGUGAGGAACAACCUGUCCUCCUCCUCCCAGCGCGUCGACUCCGCCACCCAGAGCGAAGUCUUCCCAGUGGAUUAUGAGCUACACGAGAAGCUGAGGAGCAUGAGUGGAGGACAGACGCGCUCCACCUCCUCCACUCAGACAUGCUCCGCCACAUGCCCACUCCCGGAGCAUCGGUGUGGAGCAGCCCUCAUGCUCAGCCCCUCGCCCACGCCCCCCUCCUUCAAUGGCCCUGUGCAGGAUGUUCCAGAUGUGCAGUUGUAGAUGAGAUGGACUUUGAAGGAGGAUGGAUAGAUGGAUGGGGUGAUGGGUUUUCGUCUGUUUCUCGUCUUUUUAUUGAUUUUUCUUUUUUUCUCUCUCUCGUUUGUUUCUCGUUUUCUUUUUUCAGUUUUCUUUUGUUUCUCGUUUUCUUUUUUUCAGUUUUCCCUUUGUUUCUCGUUUUCUUUUUUUUCAGUUCUCUUGUUUCUUUUUUUUCAGUUCUUUUGUUUCCUAUUUUAUUUUUGAGUACUUCCUUUGUUCCGCGUUUUCUUUUUCAGUUUUUCCAUUGUUCCACGUUUUCUUUUUCAGCUCUUCCUUUGUUCCACGUUUUCUUUUUACCAUCCCUUGUCUGUUCCUCGCCUUUUUUUUUUCUCUCUCUCUCUCUCUCCCUUUUUCAGUUCCUUCAUUUGAUCCUCUUUUUUUUCAGUUCUUCGUCGUCAGCAUCGUCUUCGUCGCCGCCGCCUUUCUUCUCCGUCGUGGUCAUCAUCGUCAUCAUCUUCCUGUGUCUACUUUUUUUUCGGUUAGUUUUGUUCGUUUUCUUUUAUUUUCUAUCUUUUGUUAAUUAUUUCUUUUUGAAGUUUCUUGUUUUUUUCUGACUUUUUAAUUUUAGUUUCUUGUUCUUCAGCUUUUUUUUUUAUAUAGUGAUUUUCUUGGGUUUUCUUUGUGUGUGUGUGUAUGUGUGUGUGUGUGUGUGUGUG